AUGGAGCAGUUCCUAGAUGGGCCUGCUCUGUCACCACCCAAUGGCGUCAACUCAGAUUUCGCUAAACCCGAGCAUGGGAAUGUUCUAUGCGUUGGUGUUUUCAACGUGGGGAUCAUUUUGGUCGUGUCUGUGGUUCUAAUUCGGCUUUAUACGAGAAUCUUUCUUAUUAAAAGGUUCAGGGUCGAGGACUUCUUUAUGAUAGCAGCCCUGGCAAUCUAUGUUAGCUUCAUAUACGUUGGAUGGACCAAGUUCCAAUGUCCGGGAGGUUUUGUGCAUCUGUGGAAUAUACGCGUACGGGAACUUCCACGCAUAUUUAAGGGCGUUAAUCUAGGCAGCAUACUAUACUGCAUAGUCAUGCUACUUCUGAAGAUUUCCAUUUUCAUCGACUGGAUCCAUAUAUUCGUACCACCACAGAUUGUUCGCGGUGGCUUCUACUACGCCUGUGUAGGGAACAUGGUCAUGAACAUUCUCUUCUAUGUUGCUUGCCUGUUCGUGGAGAUCUUUGCUUGUACGCCAAGGGACAAGAUCUGGAAUAUCUUCCAACGCGGGACUUGUGUAAAUAUCUAUCUCAUCAACAUUGCAUCAAGUGUCUUCAACUUUGUGCUAGAUGUUGCGAUGCUGGGGAUGCCACAGUACAAGAUUUGGAAGUUACAGCUCUCCAAGAAGAGAAAGGUUGCCAUCUCCCUGCUGUUUGCGAUUGGAGCACUGGGUUGCAUUUGCGGAGGAUUGAGAAUUGUCUACUCUAUUCCUUACAUGAAGUCUCCUGACAAGUCGUACUAUCUCACUGCAUUCGGACUCUUGGCUACAGGCGAGAUGACGAUAGGCUUCUUGGUUCUGUGCAUUCCUUCAAUGCCUAAACUUAUCAAGGAAAUGCCACGGCAGGACAUUGUCCGAAAAUUCCUCGGCCGGAUCGGUCUCUCCUCUCUAGAUCGGACCCCUAGAUAG